GUGCUUCAUGUCAGUGUCUCGCGCGUCAAUGGCGCCCUCUGUCGACGGACGCGGGUCUCGGUUCUAGUUCGUUUUAUUAAACCUCUCCCUCCCUCGACGUCAGCUUUUGGGAACUCGGGCAAGGGAAAGUUUGGGGAGAAAAAAAGUCCGCUGUUGUCUAUGUAUGGAUGAAUGCUGAAAGCCAGUCGCACAGGAGAGAAAACCAGCGCAGCGCGGAAUGGCGAAUGCGUGGCAUCCGUACUAAAAAAAAAAAAACUCAUCUUAGGCGCGUAAAAGGGCUGUGAGCAAACUUUUCCACUUUUGUUUUGAUGCGAUUGUUUUUACCUCUUAUCUGGACGGACACAGACCGCAAAGCGAAACUCGAGUUCACCGGUGACAAUUUUCCAGGCAAACGAAAAUCCAUGAAGUUUGAAACGAGGAGGACAUGAACGUUAAACGGACGGAAGGAUUUUAAAAGGUUGCGCGUGACUGAGCGUUAAGAACAAAUCGCGGGGGGAAAGUCAUUUAAAACUCGCUAAAAUAACUAGACAAAACGAACAAUGGCAAAGAAAUACGACUUCCUCUUUAAACUGUUGCUUAUUGGCGAUAGUGGCGUUGGCAAGACCUGUUUGAUCAUCCGUUUUGCGGAGGACAAUUUCAAUUCGACGUACAUAUCGACCAUCGGUAUUGACUUCAAAGUGAAGACCAUUGAGGUUGAGGGAAAGAAGGUCAAACUGCAAGUCUGGGACACAGCGGGACAGGAGAGGUUUAAGACCAUCACCACUGCAUACUACAGAGGGGCUAUGGGCAUCAUCCUUGUGUAUGACAUCACUGAUGAAAAAUCCUUUGAGAAUAUUCAGAACUGGAUGAAGAGCAUCAAAGAAGGAAACCAAACCUUUGGAAAUUUGACUUUAAAGAAUGCAUCAGCAGGUGUAAGUCGGAUGUUACUGGGUAACAAGUGUGAUAUUGAGACCAAAAGGAAAGUGUCAAAGGAGAUAGGUGAGAAGCUCGCAAAGGAACACGGUAUUCGAUUCUUCGAGACUAGUGCAAAAUCAAGCAUCAACGUUGAGGAGUCUUUCGCUUCUCUGGCACGAGACAUUUUGCUCAAGUCAAAUAAGAAGCCGAGUCCCACUGGUCGUGAGGUGAAACUUACCAGCACAGAGAAAAAGUCUUCCAAAUGUAGUCUUCUUUAGAUAUGCUUUUAUCCAGAGGAUGGUCUCACUACACACAAUCACAUACAGUAACACAGCAUUGUUAUUGCCAGAGAGUAAUUGGAAAAGUGAACAUGGAAUGCUAAUAGGAAGUGGUUUCAAAGUAUGAUGGAAGUAGUAAGAUAUGAAAUACAUGAUAUGAGAUAUGAAACGGGGCACGGCUUUCAUAUGCUUAAAGGAAAAUAAAAAUGUUUUUAACUUCAUGUUUAUAUUUUCACACUACUCUACAAAAACAGUGACUUGGCUACAUCAAGACAGUGUUAGUUUUCACCACUUUUGCACAGUCACAAUGAAGAACAGGUUCCUGUUGAAUCUAUCUUUGACAUCUUCAAGUGAAAUAUAUAUAGUCCAGUUUGAUGGUCGUUCAGCACUUUUUGACCAAUGCUUUGAAUUUUUGGUGCUAUAAAAGGUGAACAACUUUUCAAAGACUUUGACUUCUGAUGGAUGGAUGACCGAUUUUGACCGAUUGGUUGGGAAUAUAAUAAUGUUCUACUGAAAAUUCACAGAGUGUUUCUACAAAAAGGGAUUAUGAUCUGACAUAAUCCAAAUAUUUGGUUUUCCAUAAAUGUUGCAUCAAAUUCAUGUCUUCCUGCCUGUUUCUAUAUUUUUUUCCACAGCAUAUUUCUCAGAAUUUGCACAAUGAUCUUUUAAUAAAAAAAUGUUCAUAAUCAUA